CGCGCGCACGUAUGAAAGAAUAAUUAAGCUUUCGUUAAAUAAAAGCAUGUUAAUAAUAUCGAAAUCAUUGUUACUCCAAUUUAAUACCCUAAUAUAUAGUGAAAAUAUGUCGUGAGAUAAGUUAUUCAUUUGAUUGCACUGACACGGCUAUAAUGACAAUGGCGUACGUAUCGAAUGGAGGAGUACCUCUUAUCGAGAAGUGAUAUAUCGGUGAAUUAAGUGUUUUGAUACAAAAAAGUGUCAUUGAUGCGCAUAUAAUUCUAAAUAAUAACAAAUACUUUAUUUGUUAUUUUUGUAUUUGUUAUUUUUAUAAAAGAAAGACGUACUUUUUAUUUAUUAAGCAUAAUCAUAUGAUAUUAAUGGUAACGCAUUACUGUUCGCGGCAUCGUUCGUUAAUGCAGAACAUUUCAAGAAUUACAUAAAAGUAUUGGCAUUUAUGAAGAUAAUGUGUAAUUGAAGAAGAAAAAGAUCAAAUAUGGCCAGUCUUGUUUCUUCAAAUAUUGAAUUUUAUCAAUCAUCUGUAGGUGUGAAUCAUUGCAGUAUUGUACCAAGUCGAUCAUUUCAUUAAAAAGAAUAUCUUUAAAAAAUAUUUCACACUAGGAGCCUCCUCCCAUGGGAUAGCUGAAUUUAAUUUCGAUAUCUCAAGUAUUAAAGAUGAUCGGCCGACGUUGUGCCCUAUUUGCCUUAGGCGCCCUUUUGAUUCUUGUGAUUACUGCAAACAUUUAUUUUAUUCGCAUAAUCGUAGAGAAUUCUUCGCAAAAGUCGCAAUUCAAAAAUUUACCUUUGAUCGAGGAAAAUUAUCUUCUAGGGCAUUCUGCGUCCUCUUUGCGCAGAAAUGAGAAUGGCAGAAAUUUUCUUCAAAGGUCCGCCGGUCAAGGUAUCAACGAAAGAAUUAAAGAAGAGAUAGAAAUAUUACCUUCAAAGUAUUUUAAACAGAAUACGAGUUAUUUGAUCGUACUCGAACGUCUAUUGUCCGAAUUGAAGGUUAUGAACAAUGAGCACGAGGAUAUAUGGAGUAUCCCUAAUAACAAUUGGCCUGAUGCUCACCAGUUAAUUCCGCCAUCGGCUCCAGAAUUAGGGACUAUACUCGAUGCUUUAAGGAAAGCAAAGGUAAAACAUGCCGACAAUGCUGUCCUUGGUACACAAUUGAAACUUAUGCUGACAUUGGAGAAUGGUGCAAAAGCUGUAUUUAAACCGCAAUGGUACUCUAGAGAUACAGUUAUCCGUGGACCGGUUUAUUAUGGAAAAGAUCGUCAUAAUGCAGAAAUCGUAGCAUUUCAUUUAUCUUCGUUACUUGCUUUAAGAAGGGUACCCCUAGCCGUUAUUCGAAAACUUGACCUUAACAAUGAGAUUCGCAAGCAUGCAACACCGGAAUUAUAUACUACUAUGUAUCAGGAGGGUAAUGAUACGUGCUUGUAUGGUGUUUGUCAUUACUGUUCUUCGACCGAUCCAGUUUGUGGGAUAGGUGAUGUCUUAGAAGGUGCAUUGAUAUUUUGGUUACCACGUUACUUGCAUCUCGUAAAACAUCGACAUCCAUGGCAGAGGACGUAUAAGAAAAAAAAGCUUGCACCUUGGGAGAUUGAUGAUAAUUAUUGCGAGAAGGUCAAAGAAUCUAAAGCAUACUCACCACAAUUUUCAAGUAGGCUAUUGGAUUUGAUAGAUACAGCAGUUUUUGACUUUUUAAUGGAUAAUGGUGAUCGGCAUCAUUAUGAAUUAGCGCAAAACAAUUUUCACAAUCCUGCUGUAUUAUUGAUAGACAAUGGGAAGAGUCUUGGUAAUCCGGACGUUGAUCAUCUUGACAUUUUAGCACCGCUUUAUCAGUGUUGCAUAAUACAUAAAACUACAUGGGAUCGUUUAAAGAUGUUCACUGGUGGUACUCUGAGUUUGUCAUUGGAAAAGCUUAUUGCUCGUGAGACGAUAAUGGCCGAUGUUCUUCCGCUUAUUUCAGAUGCACACCUUAGUGCUAUGGAUAGAAGGCUUCUUACCAUUUAUGCUGUCGUUGAAUAUUGUUUAAAGAAUAAGAGAUACGUUUCUAAUGUAAUUCUAGAUCAUCGGUAGUAUGAACUAAGAAAUAACAUGUUUUAUAGAUUAAUUAUCUGAUUAAUUACUUAUGAUAAUAGAGUUUUAUUUGAAAUAGUAGAAGAAUCUUGCAGCAGCUAUGUAUAAUAAAUUUGAUAGUUAUGCACACACUCACACGACCACGUGUAUGCAUGUGUGUACACACACACACACACACACCCACACACAUAUAUAUAUAUAUAUAUAUAUAUAUGUACGUAUGUAUGUAUGGCGCAUUGUUUUGUAUGUUGUAUUUUACACAAGAUAUUUUAAUCGACGAAGAAACAAUUGUUUGACGUGUAAAAUGAUUUAAUGCUAGAAGAUUAGAGUUUAAUGUGGUUUAUUUUAUGUCACAAUAAUUACCAUUAUUUGGAUAAAUUUUGAAUGUAGCGCCGUACAGCGUAUAAAUACGGUACAAACGUAAAAAAAACCUGUUAAUACGAUUGUAUAAUCGUUAACAUACUUUAAAGUUCGUGUCACAGAUUGGGAUCUGAGAAUAUUCUCAGUUCGAUAACAUGUACAAUAUGUAUAGCGAAUGUAACUCGUGGUACUUGUCGGGAUUUGCAGUAAAGAGAAACUUGUGGGAGCGAAACAAGCUACAAGUCAGCGUAAUGUUGCAGCAUUUGACUACUUUACUUUCAGUUACCACAAGACUUUUCUCAUAAGCUUAUGAUACCAAACUUUGAGUCAAGUUUCCACAUUAGCUCCUUCCCCCGCAACGUCGUCGCACAAUAUAACCCUUAUAUACUUUAUUUACAACAUUACAUGACCAGAAUUACUCACAUAUCUUAUCAAAUAAUUAUUCAGUUUUUGUUCAUAAUACAUAUUUAGCGCCAUCAUUCGCGUAUGCAUCGUGUAUAUGUGUAAUAUGUCAGGCGCAUGCGUGUAUGUGUACGUGUAGUACGUAUGCGUAUACCCGAGACGUACUUGUGUAUUAUUAUAUAUAGUAACAUUUUUUUGUUUUUUUUUUUAUAAUUAAAUAGAGCUUUCGUAGCAAAGUAUGUAUAAAUAGACUAUCCUCGCGCGCACGAUUAUCUCGAAUUGCUUCGCGUUCUCGAGUGCGAAACAAAUACAUAUAUGCUGCAUCGAACCAUCCGUCCAUGAGAUCCGUCUAAGAAAACAUAGAUUAUAGAUUACCUGAAAAUAGUGGACGAGUGGAAUAGCCAGACUCUGCCAUUCCUACAUCUUCGCUUAGUCCAUAUUUCUACGUUCUAUGAUAAUACUGUAUACCAGCAAAACUUUUGAGUAUAUCACUUUUUUUCUUUAUAGGCUUUACUUGCACGACUCUCGUAUAACAAAUCGAUCAUAGAAAUGCAUUCGUUCAAAAGAAAUUCGUACUUCGGUAACGGCAGCAUUGAUUAUUGCAUGGAGAUGGUACGAUUUAUCUCCGUACGAUUCAUCUCUAUUCGAGAGAGACAGAGAGAGAGAGAGAGAGAGAGAGAGAGACAGAGACAGAGACAGAGACAGAGACAGAGACAGAGAGAGAGAGAGAGAGAGAGAGAGAGAGAGAGAGAGAGAGAGAGAGAGAGAGAGAGAGAGAGAAAAAAUCCCACGGAAUUAUCUCCUUAUAUUUGUCAUUUAUACUUAUUCAAUUAAAUAUCACACCAAAGUGCUCGAUGCACGUAGAACUUAGAUAUAGGCCAACCAUAGGUACUAGAGAUGUUUUUAAAUGUAUAUGAGACAUUAUUUUGCAUGCAAAAUUUAAAUUUAGUUACUUGGAAGAAUGAAAAAAGAUCGAAAGGAAAGAAAGAGAAAUUAAAAGAAGAAAAAGGGAAUUGAACGUCCCUGCACGAUAGUCGUAUCAUACACAGUUAUUGGAUGGCCAAGAAUAUAUAAUAAUAUUGGUAUGAUUAUACAUUAAUUAACAUUAUUAAUUUUCACGUUGGAAAUCUGUGCCGAUACGUUAUGCGGCACUUUUUUCGUAGAAAAAAACUUUUGCAAUCACGUAGCUCACUUAUCGCUCACCCAUCGCUCACCCAUCGCUCACCCAUCGCUCACCCAUCGCUCACCCAUCGCUCACCCAUGGCUCACCCAUGGCUCACCCAUCGCUCACCUUCCGGGGUCUUGCUCUAUACUUGAUUAUUACUUGACCUACAAUUAUCUCGAUAAUUUCAUAAUCAUCUUGUUACGAUGCUUUCCUAAACGUUCUCCCGCCUAAACGAUAUUCUCGAGUCGUAUUUUUUAUUUCAGAGCGCGGAUUCUACGCCUCUCGACGAUGACGUCGAAGAACUGAGAUCCUCCGAAUGUCGAGUAUGAGACGAAUCGAGCGAAGUGACGGAAUCGCUGUCAUUGCUAUGGGGACUCGAAUAAUUGGCGGCUUCCUGAAGUCUCAUCAGCAUGUUCAACUGUAAAAGAGAGAAAAAAAAGGAGGCAUGUGUAAUAGGAAGGAUGGUGGUAUCGCGUAAAGCCUUUCACUAAUACAAACAAGAGGAUCUCCUUCGGUGUCGCUGUGUGUACUGCCGAGGCUCUUUACGCUGGACGCACCUACGCCCGAGGUAUGUCCCGAGGUAACGACGUCGUAACCAACGUCCUCGGGUCUUAACCGAAGAAGAGCGUCGCUACCAUCGUGUACGGCGUGCGUAGAGAUCCACGGAUAACUGGAGGUAAUGAAUUGUGCAGGAUCUUCCCAUGUGGAUUCGCCAUUUCCACUUCCGCUUGCUCGCCUUCCAUAUAACGUUAGGCCUUCCCUGACAGCCUCAACCAGAUACGGUAUUACAGAAUAGUUCCACAAAUCCGUGAACCAAACUUGAGAACCUGCCACUUCCAUCGGGCAAGAGAGAAAAAGUCGAGGGCCUAAAAACAGUUCGCGCGAUAAUAAUGAAAUUAAUUAAUUAGUAUUUGUACUAUAAGUAGCGAUCUUACCUAUCGUUACGUCGGAACUGCUGUGCGUUUCUAGGAACUUAUUAAGAUGUAGCCAGACUCGUGGGAGCCAUUCUACGACAGCUGCCAUUUCUGCAUUUCUCGUCCCACCCGAUUCACGUAAUUCGUGUUCUAAUAGCUUACGCCUGAGGUAACGGCCCAAAAAUCCCUUAACCGGUUCCAUGUGAUUGGCGCACAGUACCCACCUAGGUAGAUUUACGCAUAAUUAUAAUAUGCGUUAACUCCUUAAUAUUUCCAGAGAAAUAAGACGAUUUGUUAUAUGAGAAGCUUUUGCAUUACCUAAAGUUAUGAUGUAAUUGAAGAUUCGUGGUGCUGCAAGUAGCCUGACUCAUGGUUCCAAUAAUCGCGGGACAGGACGAGUGUCUUGUACCGAGAAGACCACUGAAAAGUUCACCGAGAGAGGCGGCAUGCUGAAGAUUCUCCAAGAUUAUUACUCUCGGCAAUUCGUCGGCCGCAUUAGAGUCGCAUCUUUCGGCGAUAUGAGCGAGAUAUUGCUUGAGUUCUUUGCUCGACUUGUGAUCAACUAUGAAGGUGGCCACAGCAGCCGCGUCUUUCGAGUCCGUAUCGGCGUCCACGAGAGCGUGAGCCAGUUUUCCUGCCAAGUAACUUUUCCCGGUACCGCUAGGUCCGCAAAGGAUGACUCUGCGAUGUUCCGUUAACAGGGAUAUUAGUCGUUGAACGAUAGAGCGUGGUAUCAGAGUGUCAAUCGCGAGCCAGGAGUAACCCGAGAGCACCAGAUAAAUAGUUUUCACGUGUCCUAUCAGAUAACCGCACGGUAGUAAUUCCGGAUGCUGAGAAUCCGUCGUACAUCUGUUGAAAGGAACGACAUAUAUGUGUGUGUGUGUGUGUGUGUGCGUGCGUGCGUGCGUGCGUGCGUGCAUGUGCAUGUGUACUUAGUAGAUUAUAAAAUCGCUUCGAGACAGUUCUGUUUGCUUAAUAGAACGACGAAACGAAAGAGAUUUAUCUAACCUCGAAGCUUCGCCGAGAUGAUAAGCGGCGACACAGUCAACGCCGAGACCCAGAUUCGUGACGGGAUCGACCCUCGAUACGUAUUCCUUGAAGCAUCGUCGUACGAUCGAGUCCAGAGCAUCCCAGCUCGUUUUGUUACUGAUGCAAACGUUCGCGAUAAUGCAAUGCGGAGGCUCGCCGAUGAUGCCGCUGUCCGAAUUAUUACCCGAUAUUAGAUUGUAAUUGAAAUUUUUUUCGCUCCCGAGAUAGACGGCAACGUUAAUUCUCUUUCCGUCGGUGUCGUGGUCUAAUGCCGGCUCACCGCUCGUAGCCGAAGUCGCCGAUGGUACGACCGAAUGUUCGGGCACGUUGAGAUCUUCCAAUUGAUCGGCAGUCGAACUGCUAUCGCCGUUCGAAAGGGCAGCAACGCUCGAGGCCACCUCCGUCAUGCUGAAACGCCUAUCGGGAUCGCUCGGAAGAGACGACUGAGAGGACGUAAGAGAUUUCGAAGUUACCAGCCGCUGCAGGCGUUCGUUGUUUUGCUUCAGAUUGAGCAUUUCGUUCUGUAGAAAAGACACAAUCAUCGAUUGAUAUAAAUGAUCGCGAGCGAUUUUUCGCCAAGCUCAAAGAUAACUUACUCUCAUCUUGAUGACCGUGUCUUUCAACGAUUCCAAUUGAUGGGCCGAGGAGAGUGCCUCCAAUCUGAUAUCCGUGAGAACGAGAUCCUUUUCCCUGAGUUGUUUCUUCAAUUCGUCCACGUCCUCGUCCUCCUUUUUAUAAAGAGCCGAGCUACUCUUGCUACCGGUCAGAGGAUUUUCAGGUUCCGGUGAUUUUUGUCCGUUGCUCCUUGCUCCGGCACUUUGAUUCCUCGCGCUUUCGUGUUUCGAGGCCGUCGGUAAUCUCGGACUAUUUGGGACGCUCAAUUCUCCGCUGGCACCGUCCUUACAAUCCUCGGCAUCGGAAACGGAACCAUGCCUGUUCUUUCGCGAUCUGGAGAAUGCUUUCGAGAAGGAGCUACGCAACCAACCCUUCUUCUUCUGAUGGCUACUACUCGCGGAACAAGCGCUGCUCAGGGAAUUGAGAGAAGUGACACUGUCCGCCGACAGUUGUCUCGCCAUCGAUGCACCCUGAUGAUGUCCCCCGUUACCGCCGCCGCCGCCUCCGCCGCCGCCUCCGCCGCCUCCGCCGCCGCCGGUGCAUCCUGUAUUGCCGGAAUCCGAAUCACCGAGAGUGUGCCGACGACCAUUGUUGCCCGAUCCCCCGUUGUUCAAUCCAGCCUCCGCGCUUUGCUUUCGAAGCCUCUCGAUCGUUUCACGUAACUCUUGUAAUUCGGAAUCCUGUACAAGAGGCAAAUCAGGAACGGACAAAAAUAAAACAAGUUUUCACUUUAUGAACUUAAACGAAUCUAUCGUUUAAGAAAGAAUCAUAUUAAUUAUCCUUUAUCCGCGAUACCGCCGUUCGUUUCGCGAACGGGAGAGGAUUCCUCAUUGUGACAACACGUGCAACUAUCCGAAUGACUAAUUACGGAAUCGCUACUCCAAGAAUCGGCUAUGCUAAACAAUUGUCUCAUUGAUUUGGAACUCGCUUCCUGACCGAUGAGCUUGUCCGAUUUGUCGAGUUCCUUUGCCGUCGGCUUCUUUCUUAUCGUCGACGAUUCCCCGACAUUGAUAUUUCGAUAGAAAGUCUUUGGUGUUAUAUUAGGAAUCAAAUUCUUCUUCGUUCUUAAGUUAUUAUCCUCCUCUUGGAAGACUUUUUGCGACGAAUUCUCGACGGUCGUCGUAAUACGCUUUUCGUAACACGUCCUGUCGUUCAAUUUUUUCGAGUUCUUUGACUUGCUCGAUCGCGACUCCUUAUUACCCGACACCACCUUCUUAGACUUUUCGAUCGCCGUUCUACCAUUGCUUUUCAAUAUCAACCCUUUGGAUUUGAACGAAGACGACGAUGUCGGAGUUGAGUUUUUAUUAUUCGCGGAUGACGCUUUUGAUUUUUUGCUGAUCGCGUUAAAACGCGGCACUUUAAGGUCCAUCAUCCGAUCAUUCGACGAUUCGGUUAAUCGACCGUCGAAACAUCGUAAUUUGCGAUUUUUCUUUUUUUCUUUGAAAUUCUUUCCUUCUUAUUUCCUUUUUCUUUUUACUCGGUGCGAAUUAAUUAGCCGGCGUGACUUUUCAAUUUUAAUAGCGCAUCAUUGGGAAUGAGAUUUAUAAAGGUUACUUAAUGUUCAACGAGCUAUCGACAUAGAUAUUAUGUCCAAGGUUGCAAGGAGGUUGCAACCUUUCUUUAUUAACAUUUUGACGAACGCAUCACCGAAGAUGCGCCAAAUUUCAUACUUUUCUCGUUAUUAUCACGACGACAACAACUUUGAAAUUUUUACGCGUCUGGCAUCUUUGACAUUAGAAUUGCAUUCGGAUAUCGAGCGUGUUUUGUCUUUGUUGAAAUCCGUCGACGAAUUGGAAACCUUAUAUUAUAGAUAAGCAAGGGUUGUAUGGAGAUUUACCGAUCAUUUACCGAUGCUUACCUUUUUUUCAGCCGUUGCCGUGAGUUGCUGCAAUCGUUGCGUCAUAUUCGAUAGGGAUUGUUCGAAGGCGGACACGACAUGUGCCUAAAACAAAACAAUUAAUCAUUAUCGAUAUAAAGUACGUUUUCAUUCGUCUGUCGUGUCUAGAUGUUUAUUAUGCCAUGACUUUUCUAUUACUAUAUUUUUAUAUAUUACUAUUAAUAUACGCUGACAAAAAUAAGCCUAUUUCAAUUUUAUUCCUUAUCUUACUACCUCGUGGCGAUAGAAAAUCCCAGGCGUAGGACCGUCGUCGACCUGCAUACAUUGGUGCGUACUAUACUCGCUGACUAAAAUAAUAAUAAGCUACGAUAUUUUACGCACGCACAGCCUUGGAAAAGAGGAAACGGCCAUUGUCAUUGCCAUUGAUCGUCAAUGAUCGACGGCGAUACGACGAGACGUAAAAACGGUAAAAGAAAUAAUUGCAAAUUGGUGUGUGCGUGCGUGAGCGCGCGCGCGCAUAUAAUACGGUAUACGUAUGUAAUUAUAAUAACAUCUAAUGGAAUAGAAAAGUUACUAAAAUGACUAAAAUCAUUAUUUUUUAAAUGUCCAUAGACUUUGACAAAAGUGAAAGUUGACUUUUUGGAAAAAAAAAAAAAAAAAAAAAAACUACAAAUAAUUCGCACACAGGUAAGGUUCCAACGUAUUAUUAAAAGUAGACUACCUGAGAUUAGAUUAGAUUAGAUUUUAGAAAAGAACGUUUGUCGACUUUUGUAAGGAAAAAAAAAAAAAAAAAAAAAAAAAAAAAAAACAAAAGAAACAAAAAAAAAGGAAA